CCGCCUGGCCACGGCGCGCCCUGCUAGUGGCCCCGCUAUUCCGAGCUGACGGACUGACGGCUCGCACCGCCGGCUCCGGGAUGGACGCACGAACGGUGGCAUUCUGAGGUCUCAGGACGCUGGCCCAUUUAAAUGUUCGCGGCCCAUGAGAAGGGCAUCUGAGAAACCAUGGCGCUCCCUUUUCAAAAAGAGUUGGAGAAAUAUAAGAACAUUGAUGAAGAUGAGCUUCUUGGAAAACUCUCAGAAGAGGAAUUGAAACACUUGGAAAAUGUUCUUGAUGACCUAGAUCCCGAGAGUGCCCUGCUACCAGCUGGAUUCCGACAGAAAGACCAGACACAGAAAGCAGCCACCGGCCCCUUUGACCGCGAGCACCUCCUCAUGUACCUGGAGAAGGAGGCUUUGGAACAGAAAGACAGAGAAGACGUUGUGCCUUUCACUGGAGAAAAGAAAGGGAGAGUCUUUAUCCCCAAAGAGAAGCCCGUGGAAACGCGUAAAGAAGAAAAAGUGACCCUUGAUCCAGAACUGGAAGAAGCUUUGGCCAGUGCCUCCGACACUGAACUCUACGAUCUUGCAGCUGUUCUUGGAGUCCACAAUUUGCUCAAUAACCCAAAAUUUGAUGAAGAAACACCCAACAGUAAAGGUGGCAAAGGGCCUGUGAGAAAUGUGGUCAAAGGUGAAAAGGUCAAGCCUGUAUUUGAGGAACCACCCAACCCCACAAAUGUGGAAGUAAGUCUGCAGCAGAUGAAAGCUAACGAUCCCAGCCUCCAAGAAGUCAAUCUCAACAACAUUAAGAACAUUCCAAUUCCAACCCUGAGAGAAUUUGCAAAGGCUCUGGAGACCAACACCCAUGUCAAGAAGUUCAGCCUGGCUGCCACCCGCAGCAAUGACCCUGUGGCAAUUGCUUUUGCAGAUAUGCUGAAAGUGAACAAGACCUUGAAAAGUCUAAACAUAGAAUCCAAUUUUGUAACUGGAGCUGGGAUCCUGGCCCUGGUGGAGGCACUAAGAGAAAAUGACACCUUGACAGAAAUCAAGAUCGACAACCAGAGACAGCAGUUGGGAACAGCCGUAGAGAUGGAAAUUGCCCAGAUGCUCGAGGAGAAUUCAAGGAUCCUCAAAUUUGGAUAUCAGUUUACCAAGCAAGGGCCACGAACGAGGGUGGCAGCUGCCAUCACGAAGAAUAAUGACCUGGUUCGUAAAAAGCGAGUUGAAGGAGACCGAAAGUAAAUUUCUACAAGAAGCGAAGUUUCACCACGGCGGCCAUUUAAAAAUGAACAAAAGCGCUUCUUCUCCCCCACCGGGACUAUUUUAUCAAAGGUUGUUCAUUUCCGUUAACCACAAAACUAAUAUUUAAUUUUUAUUCUUUUUUAGCACUACUUAUUUAUCUGGGAUUUUAAAAUACAUACGAUUGUUUUAUUUGCUCGUGGGCACCUCUGGCAACUUGCACCAGUGGACAUAGGCAGGUCUUAGUGGGUGACAACAAUCGAAAAGGAUUUAACCACUUUCAUAUUGGGUUGUCUCGCUUACAUGAACUUUUUAUAACCACUGAAAGGCGUUUAGUAUGUAAGUGUGUUUGUAACUGAUUAUGAUAGAGGCCUAUCUCUGUUUACAUGCAUAGCUUUGAGUUAGGCUAAAUACAGCAGAAGUGUUCUGCUGACCAUAUAAGAAGUUAGUAUUGCCAAUCUUUCACUGGGUGAGAAAUGCGACCCAAUUUAGCACAAAUUCUUAGUUCCAGAAAUAUCACUGAAUGCACAUGCCCCACUGAUCAAAAAUCAAUGGGAUCAUCUUCAUAAAAACAAGACAGCAUUAUGAUACUUUAACAUAGCCUCAGUAAAGAAGUAUAAAAUGUUUAUUAACCCACAAAUAUAGCUUCAAGCCAGACUCAACGGGUAGCAAAAUGAAUUGGCACACCUACCUUUACUAAUUAUUCAACAUAAAUGCAAUCUUUAACAUGACCCUGAUGGAUAACUUUUUACAAAGCUGUUUUAAAGUUCUCCAGAUAGGAUGGGAUAUUUUUAAGUUUUAGUAAGAGGGAGGCUUUUGAAACAGUACACGCCCAAAUAAAACAAUAGUAAUUGUACAUUAA